GUACAUAAUUUAUCUUAUUUUCUUCAACAGUUAUGACAACUUCAUAAACUUUAUUUGAUUUGGAUACAUUUAUACAUGCAAGUAACGAGUCGACCUGUGAUCUGCCAUGGAACGACACACACUGGCUGACGCACAGAACAUGUUCACGCCAAUCUGCUUCGAGAGCGAUGCCCCAUUCGAAAUGCAGCUCCCAGCGAACAUGCCUGGACGGAGAUCAUGUCGCUCAAAAAAGAAGAAGAUGGGUGCAAGGAGCAAGAUGUCGGAGCUGUACUUCGCCAGGAGGCAGGCGCUCAGGCAGGCGUUGGUCCAGGCCAUCAUGUUGGCAGGAGACGAGGAGGAGAUCAAGGCAUCCGACAUACACUUCGACCACACGAGGAACAUCUCCAGGUACUACUUCUACGUGCAGCGCGGCAUGGACCUGACGCUGACGGCGCCCUUGGAGUCGUCCCGGGUGGACGGCAUGCUGGCGCGCGUGCCGGCGCGGCUGAGGAGGCGGCGGGCCGCCGAGGAGGACCUGGUGCGCGAGGCCCGCGACGAGCACGCCUACGCCAUGCGCCGCGCCGUCGCCGACUUCGCGGGCACCCUCCUGGGCACGGGCUCCGGAGCCUUGCUCGUCGCCGCCGUCUGA